CUCUUAGCGUGCCUAUCGGCUGGUGUCUGCGUUGAAACUCUACGGAAGCCUGACCUUAAAGGGGAGGGAGCAGCGGGGGGCUGGGGCCCUUUAAAACGAGGCCCGCGGGUGCCUGCCCCUUUAAGGGAAGGGCGUCCAGACGACAGAACCUGAGCCCCAGAUUACCCCGAGUCUUCGUCACAGGCUGCAAGAAACGGCUCCUUCGCUGGGUCCGGGUGCUUGGCGGCGGCGGUUUCAUCCCCGCUGGUCCUCCCCGGGCCCGGAGACACCCCCGCCCCAGUCAUGCUGAGCAGAGUAUGGAAGCAGCUGACUACGAAGUGCUAUCCGUGCGAGAGCAGCUAUUCCACGAGAAGGUCCGCGAGUGCAUUAUCUCAACACUUCUGUUUGCGACACUCUACAUCCUCUGCCACAUCGCCCUGACCCGCUUCAAGAAGCCUGCUGAGUUCACCACAGCGGAUGAUGAAGAUGCUACAGUCAACAAGAUUGCGCUCGAGCUGUGCACCUUCACCCUGGCAGUCGCCCUGGGUGCUGUCCUGCUCCUGCCCUUCUCCAUCAUCAGCAACGAGGUGCUGCUCUCACUGCCUCGGAACUACUACAUCCAGUGGCUCAACGGCUCCCUCAUCCAUGGCCUCUGGAACUUCGUUUUCCUCUUCUCCAACUUGUCCCUCAUCUUCCUCAUGCCCUUUGCAUAUUUCUUCACUGAGUCUGAGGGCUUCGCUGGCUCCAGAAAGGGUGUCCUGGCCCGGGUCUACGAGACGGUGGUGAUGCUGAUGUUCCUCACUCUGCUGGUGCUGGGAAUGGUGUGGGUGGCGUCAGCCAUUGUGGACAACAGUAAGGCCAGCACGGAGUCCCUGUAUGACUUCUGGGAGUACUACCUCCCCUACCUCUACUCCUGCAUCUCCUUUCUCGGGGUCCUGAUGCUCCUGGUGUGUACUCCGCUAGGUCUCGCCCGCAUGUUCUCGGUCACUGGGAAGCUGCUGGUCAAGCCCCGGCUGCUGGAGGACCUGGAGGAGCAGCUGCACUGCUCAGCCUUUGAGGAGGCAGCUUUGACCCGCAGGAUUUGCAGUGAGACGCAGCUCUUCCCAGUUGGGAUGGUGAGCGUGGCUUGGGCAGGGCCUGUGCAGGACUCGGGGACAGCACCAUCUUCUCUGCCCUCAGAUCCCACUUCCUGCUGGCUGCCCUUGGACAUGGAACUGCUGCACAGACGGGUCCUGGCUCUGCAGACACAGAGGGUCCUGCUGGAGAAGCGGCGGAAGGCUUCAGCCUGGCAGCGGAACCUGGGCUACCCACUGGCCAUGCUGUGCUUGCUGGUACUGACGGGUCUGUCUGUGCUCAUUGUGGCCAUCCACAUCCUGGAGCUGCUCAUCGAUGAGGCUGCCAUGCCCCGGGGCAUGCAGGGUGCCUCCCUGGGCCAGGUCUCCUUCUCCAAGCUGGGCUCCUUUGGUGCCGUCGUUCAGGUCGUACUCAUCUUUUACCUGAUGGUUUCCUCGGUCGUGGGAUUCUACAGCUCUCCACUCUUCUGGGGACUGCGGCCCAGGUGGCAUGACACAGCCAUGACGCAGAUAAUUGGGAACUGUGUCUGUCUCCUGGUCCUAAGCUCAGCACUUCCUGUCUUCUCUCGAACCCUGGGGCUCACUCGUUUGGACCUUCUGGGUGACUUCGGACGCUUCAACUGGCUGGGCAAUUUCUACAUCGUGUUCCUCUACAAUGCAGCCUUCGCGGGCCUCACCACUCUCUGUUUGGUGAAAACCUUCACCGCAGCUGUGCGGGCAGAGCUGAUCCGGGCCUUUGGGCUGGACAGACUGCCAUUGCCGGUUUCCGGUUUCCCCCGGGCAUCUAGGAAGACCCAGCACCAGUGACCUCCAGCUGGGGGUGGGAGGGAGAAAACUGGACACUGCCAUCUGCUGCCCAGGCCUGGAGGGGUGCCCAGGGGUGGGUGGACCUCAGGACCUGGAAUCUGAGAGGGUGGGUGGCAGAGGGGAGCUGAGCUGUCUGCACUGUUGCAUCAUCUGAGCCAGAGUUUGGGACCGGGCCCCCCAGCUUUUCCAGAUUUAACUGUGGGCCCCAGCGUGAGGUGGGGCUGGGUGACUGGGUCUGGCUCCCCGUCCCAAAUUCGUUUACACAUCAAUCUGCCUCACUGCUGUUCCGGGCCAUGCCCAUAGCCAUGUUUACAUGAUUUGAUGUGCAAUAGGGUGGGAUGGGCGCAGGGGAGGGACUGAGCUGGGGGCAGACUUGGAAGGCAGAUUGUCUCCCUUGCCUCUGGCCCAGCAGAGGCUAAGCCCUGUGCUAUCCUGGAGGAGCUAUGGACCACUGGAGAGACGGGGUCAUAGGGAGGAGAGGCCACAACCAUCAGCAAUAAAGUUGAUCCCAGGGUCUGCUUUGGUUUUUUUAAA